GCCCUCGCCAGCAGUCCAGGGAAGGGACGGCGGGACAAGCCGGACGCGCGGGAGGGCGGACGGGGCGGGGACAUGGCCGCGGCGCCCGGAGGGUCUGCGCCGCCCGCCGGCCCCGGCCCGCGCCUGGCUUUCAGCACCGCGGACAGCGGCGUCGGCAUGAGCGGGCUGAACCCAGGUCCCGCGGUGCCCAUGAAGGACCACGACGCCAUCAAGCUCUUCGUGGGGCAGAUCCCGCGGGGCUUGGACGAGCAGGACCUCAAGCCGCUGUUCGAGGAGUUCGGCCGCAUCUACGAGCUGACGGUGCUGAAGGACCGGCUCACCGGCCUCCACAAAGGCUGUGCCUUCCUCACCUACUGCGCCCGGGACUCUGCUCUCAAGGCCCAGAGUGCACUGCAUGAACAGAAGACCCUGCCAGGGAUGAAUCGUCCGAUCCAAGUGAAGCCGGCUGCCAGUGAGGGCCGAGGAGAGGACCGGAAGCUGUUGUGGGGAUGUUGGCAAGCAGCAGGGGAGGAGGAUGUCAGACGUCUGUUCCAGCCCUUCGCUGCAGGUGAAGCCAGCGGAGUGGAGGACCUGUUCCCUUCACCUAACAGGCUCUCCGCGUUUGGUGACCUUUGCCUGCUGGGGAAGGCGCUGGGCUCAGAGCUCAGUCAGGGUCAGUACAGGUCACCAAAUCCUUCCUCGGCCCAGGGCGCCUCAUCCAGCCUGGUGGUGAAGCUGGCAGACACCGACCGCGAGCGCGCACUACGGAGGAUGCAGCAAAUGGCUGGCCAGCUGGGCGCCUUCCAUCCAGCGCCACUGCCUCUCGGAGCCUGUGGCGCCUACACCACUGCGAUCCUGCAACACCAGGCAGCAUUGCUGGCCGCGGCGCAGGGUCCCGGGUUAGGCCAGGUGGCCGCGGUGGCCGCCCAGAUGCAGCACGUAGCGGCCUUCAGCCUGGUGGCCGCACCGCUAUUGCCUACAGCAGCUAACGCGUCACCUGGUGGCAGCGGCCCUGGUGCACUCCCCGGCCUUCCAGCGCCCAUGGGGGUCAAUGGAUUCGGCUCCUUGAACCCCCAGACCAACGGACAGCCAGGCUCUGAUACACUCUAUAACAACGGGCUUUCCCCGUACCCAGCCCAGAGCCCCGGUGUGGCUGACUCCCUGCAGCAGGCCUACGCUGGGAUACACCACUAUGCAGCAGCCUAUCCCUCGGCCUACGGCCCAGUGAACACAGCUUUCCCCCAGCAGCCUUCAGCUCUGCCUCAACAACAAAGAGAAGGUGAGGGCCUGGGGGCUGGAGAGCAGCGGCCUGUGUAUGUGGGGGUGCCCCUCGGGGUCCUUCCCCUGAACAAGCCUGCUCCUGUUCCUGCAGGCCCCGAAGGCUGUAACCUCUUCAUCUACCACCUGCCUCAGGAAUUUGGGGAUGCAGAACUCAUACAGACAUUCCUGCCCUUCGGAGCCGUUGUCUCUGCCAAAGUCUUUGUGGAUCGUGCCACCAACCAGAGCAAGUGUUUUGGGUUUGUUAGUUUUGACAAUCCAACCAGUGCCCAGACUGCCAUCCAAGCCAUGAAUGGCUUUCAAAUCGGCAUGAAGAGGCUCAAGGUCCAGCUAAAGAGACCUAAGGAUGCCAACAGGCCUUACUGAUCUGCACUCACUGAUCAGUCACAGACAGAAACUGAAGAGUGAGAAGGAAGGAGAAAGAAAAGCACAGAAACGCUGGAGUGGCCCUACCGGAAGGAGUGGCAGCAGACGGAGGUGGACCGGACCCAGGGCUGGCGCCUGGGGCUCAGGCCACUCAUCAUGUGGGUUGUUCCACGGAGCGCUCAAGCUGGCAGGGCAACCAGUGCUGGCUGAGGAUCGACUGAUCUAAGGGAACCAGCAGAGGGCCUCGGGGGUGCCAAGGGCUUCUCAACAAGGGAAGCCCAGACUUACUUCGUUCAAAAUCAUAUCAUUCCUUAGUGUUUAGGGACCAAAGGACUAUUGCUUUUUUUAAGAAUAUAUAUAUAUAUCUAUAUAAAUUAAAACAAAGAAGAAAAAACAGAAGAGAGACAAAAAAGACAGUAUAGAGUCUCAUAAAAGCGGCCUUUAAAUACCCCUAGGAGACAGGGUGAAGGAGACCCUUGAUAGCCCAGCCUAGGCAGAGGAGGCUGUGGAAAGAUUGUCCUGUGUCUCGUUCCUUCUGAAGCUACUUCCUUGCCCUGCCCUUUUUAAAAAAUGGAAAAGGAUGUGAAGUCUAGACUCAUAUUCCAGCAAGAAGACGGUUAUGGAAGCAGUGAACCCACAAUCCCCAAGCUCAGAUAGCAUCCCUGACGGGGAGGCCUCAGGAGGAGCUCAGGCCUGCUUGGCCUUCUGCUCUCCUGGGAGGGCCCCAGCCAUCAGAAUGGGAAUCUGCCUUUCCUUCCCGAUGCCCUUUCCUGCGGAGCCCCAGCCUCCCCAGGCCGGAAGAAAGAGGGAGCCUUUGCCUUCCCAGUCCAGGCAGACCGAGGCCACGCCUUGGCUGAGCUGAGACACCUCCUGUUUCCCCUCCUCUUGCGACUUGUUUCCCCAGUGUCCCCUAGCUCCAGGCCACCUUCUGUCUCUUAGUCUAAGUUUGCCCACCUGUAAAGUAGACUCAAGAUAUGUGUAGAGGGCUGUGACAACAGAUAUGGAAGGUUUGCUGCUGUAAAUACUGCCUUUGAGAAGGGGAUAAUUUUCACUAUGUAGAAGCUUCAGAAUUAGAGGUCCCUCUUUACCCAGGACCCGGGAGGGAAGUAGAUGUUUUGCCAAAAUACUAAUUCAUUCCUUUAAAAAGUACAUCUUUCCUAUGCAAGUGUGUCUCACGUGUGCUUACCCAAGGUGCUUUUAGAUGGUGAGCAGUGUUCAGCUUAGAAGUGGUGUGUGCUCUGUCUGUCUGUCCUUGUCUGUCUGUUGUAUACAGUGGGUGCCAUAUAAAGCUGAUCAACAGUG